AUGCACGUCACUUGCAACGGCCUCUCGUCUCUCUUCCAUGGCUGUCGCAAGCUCCGCGACCUCCGCCUGCUCACCCUCAACCUGCUCCCGCACCUCCCGCCCGCCGUCUCUCUCCUCUCCGACCUCACAACCCUCCAUCUCUGCCGCGCCGUCGAUAAAGACGAGGAUCGAUUCGAGCAACUCGUCCUGCCGCCUGAAAGCAUCGGCGCGCUGCAGCAGCUGCAGGAACUCCGCGUUGAAACGGGAUCGGCGUUCCAAGGUCUCCCGGAUUCCAUCAGCAGCCUCACGAAUCUCCGACGCUUGAAGCUCAUCCAUCCCUCUCUCGUUCACCUCAAUCCUUCGAUUGGUUACUUACCGCAAUUGCAAGACCUAGAUAUCGACAUGGAAAUGUUGGAGUCGAUUCCGGAUUCCUUUCAGCAUCUCACCAGCCUUCGUUCCUUCUCGCUGCUGUCCUUUGGAUUGAAGCGCCUUCCAGAGCAUGUGAUGGGGGCCAUGACGCGAUUGGAGAAGCUUUUGCUCCGCUGGCUGUCCCUCCACAACCUGCCCGACACCAUCUGCUUCCUCCCCCUCUCCUCCCUCUACAUUCGUAGAUGCAAUCUACUCACCUCCCUUCCUGAUAACCUUGGAGCUCUGAUACAGCUUCAAACUCUAACGCUCUUCAGUCUGCCCGAACUCUGCUGUCUGCCCGAGAGCGUGGGAGGUCUAAAGCAAUUGAGAUCGUUGGAACUCAAUCAUGUGGGUCUGCUGCAGCUGCCAGAAACCAUCGGCUCCCUCACCAUCUCCUCCCUCUCCAUCCACUCAUGCGCUGCACUCACCUCCCUUCCUAAUAACCUUGGAACCCUGGUACAGUUGGAAACCCUAAAGCUUCACUGGCUGCCCAACCUCUGUGCUCUGCCCGAGAGUGUGGGCACUUUACAGCGGCUGAAAACGUUGAGAAUCGAGCAGGUGGGACUGCUGGAGCUGCCCGAAAGCCUGUGCACGGGGAGCGUGAGGCACAGCCUGAUGCGGCUUCACCUGUGCGGCUGCAGGGAACUGAGACGGCUGCCCCCCCAGCUGGCCAUGCUGACGCGCCUGGAGGAGCUCGAUACCGCCUGCACUCGCCUCCAGUCCCUGCCUCUCUUUGCUCCGCAUCCCGCAUUAGCCCUCACCUGCUCCCUUGCUUCUGCCACUGUUGCUGGCCCCACCACUGCUUGCACUCAUACCGAUAAGUCCACCGAGCCACAGCCACAGCCACAGCAGCGCAGCGCACAGCAGCCGUGGGGCCUGGCGUCUCUCACCAGCCUAACACUGAGUGGUUCUUCACAGAUCGCCUCUCUCCCUGAUUCCUUCUCCACGCUCUCUGCCCUCUCUUCCCUCACCAUCACCCUCAUGCACGGCCUCUCCAACCUGCCACAAUCCCUCGGACGACUGCAAAACCUCAGAUUCCUGAAGCUCGAAUACAUGGAUAAGUUAUCUGUGCUGCCCAAGUCACUCGGGCAGCUGAAAAACCUUGAAACGCUGGAGCUGUGCUAUUUGCCGGAGCUGAACUCUCUGCAAGGGUCAAUCCGUUGGCUGCCCAAGCUGAAAGAGCCCUUGCUGGUUGACGUGGGGAGGGUGACUGAGUGGUGGUGGAUUGACGACAUCCCAUAUGUUAGGUCCGCCAGAAUGCGCCUCAUGCUUCACUGA